UUGCCCUGACACUGGGCGGCACCGCAGUGUGCUGGCAGGGAUGAGUGCCUCAGGGCGCCAGGUGCGUCUCCUCACCAAGGAGGAACACCUGCUGUGGGCUGCGAGGGUCAAGCCACACCUGCCUCACUGUGUUACGAUGCACAACAACCUGGUGCAGCACGGACUGGGCCUGGUCUGUCACGACACCUUCUACGUGCUGCGGGAUCGGCCACACUCAGUCACCGUACUGUGCAGGAAGGAGAUAAUCCCACACACACAACACAUCGGUAUAUUCUGCCUGAAGGAGGAAGUUGGCAAUCUUAUAGAAACCCUGAGGUCUUCACCCGUGAUUGACUGGGAGGACGCGAGGAGGACCCAUCUUGUCAUCGGCCACCUCCCUCUCUAUGUUGUUGAGCCCAUGGUGAGGCUGAUGCAGGAGAAGGGAGUGAAGGCGCGGUUAAGGUCUUGCUUCACCUUCACCUAUGACGCUCACCUAGAUCAUCGCACGCUCAGGGUACCGGCGGGCUUCCGUGUGUGCAGGCUGGGCAGAGCAGGCGUCCGUCACCUCCUGGAGAAUGCUAAGUACGGUGGAAUACCCCUGGACCUCAUGUACAGGAUGGCAGAGGGCGUGCCUUACAUAGGAGUGUACCAGGACCCAACCAGCACACAGGAGGCGACAGUAGACCCAGAGAACCUUCCUGUCGCUGGAGACGAGGAGAUACCAGUGGCUUGGAAUUGCUCUAAGCCCGCAGGAGAUGGGGGCAUGAUGGUAAUAGACGAGAGAUUCAGGAGACAUGGGUUUGGAAGACUGCUGGCGACGACGUUGGCGAGGCGACAAGCUGCUCUUUAUGGAUUUAUCCCUCAUGUGUUUGUUGAGGAGGAUAAUUCUGUCGCUAGAGCGAUGGGAAAAAAUAUGCCAGGCUGGAGGAUGACGCAUGAAUGCAUCGUGAUCAUGAAAUGUCAGGGGUCUUUAUAGCUGAGUCUUGGAGGCUGAGGACCUGCUAUCUUUAUGGUGGUCCUCGAGACUGUAACCUUUCCACCAGGGGCCAAUGGGAAUGAAAUGUGUGUGUGUGUGUGUGUGUGUGUGUAUGCGUGUGGUGUUUUCUGCUGUGAACCAGCGCCGUGUGGGAUUGCCGCCCUGGUUUGUGUGUGCGUGUGUGUGUGUGUAUAUAUAUAUAUAUAUAUAUAUAUAUAUAUAUAUAUAUAUAUAUAUAUAUAUAUAUAUAUAUAUAUAUAUAUAUAUAUAUAUAUAUAUAUAUAUAUAUAUAUAUAUAUAUAAGAAUAUGAGACUUUGUUGCAGUGAAGUCAUUUAACGUGUUUUUGGGGAAAUAUAUGCCUGUCUUUUAUGAACAGAGUGAAAGUGAAUGAAAGGGAACAUUACGAGUGAAUAAUGAAUACAUAAUUUCAAGGAUAUAGACUAACAUAACUACACUAUAUUUUCCAUUAUGUACAUUUCUGGAAAUAAAAAAAGAGUAAACAA